GGGACCUCUGGGGACUCCUCGCAGGGAGCUAGAGGAGUCGCUCGCAGCAGCCCAACCCAGAGUUAAUCAAACUAGCAACAGGAUCUCAGGCGCGGCGGCGGCGGCGGCGGUGGCGGCGGUGGCGGCAGUAGCAACAGCAGCAGCGACGGCGGCGGCAUUAUGCGUGAUUACUGACAGGCACCAGCUGCCGCCGCCGCCGCAGCCUCUCAACACUAUGUGGACUCUCGGAUCUAGAGGCGGAUUCCUGACUAAUCCCAGAGGGCUGGCCCAGCCUGCGCUCCCCCGGCUGCUAGCAAGCGAUGGCCACUCUUGUUAGCCCAAGUUGAAGCAAGCCCGGCUGCGCCUGGGAGCCGGGGAGAGAGGCUCGUACUCCUGGGAAGCGCGGUGGAGGGAUGAACCGGACAGCAAACAUGUAUGGAAAUUACUCCCACUUCAUGAAGUUUCCCACCGGCUUUGGUGGCUCUCCCGGCCACACUGGCCCCACAUCCAUGAGCCCAUCAGCAGCCUUACCCACAGGGAAGCCAAUGGACAGCCACCCCAGCUACACAGACACCCCAGUGAGUGCUCCACGGACGCUGAGUGCUGUGGGGACCCCCCUCAACGCUCUCGGCUCCCCGUAUCGAGUCAUCACUUCCGCCAUGGGUCCACCCUCAGGAGCACUGGCGGCCCCCCCAGGAAUCAACUUGGUGGCCCCACCCAGUUCUCAGUUAAAUGUGGUCAACAGUGUCAGCAGCUCCGAGGAUAUUAAGCCCUUGCCAGGUCUGCCCGGGAUUGGAAACAUGAACUACCCAUCCACUAGCCCCGGGUCUCUGGUGAAGCAUAUCUGUGCCAUCUGUGGGGACAGAUCCUCAGGAAAGCACUACGGAGUAUACAGCUGUGAAGGCUGCAAAGGCUUCUUCAAGAGAACCAUCAGGAAGGACCUCAUCUACACAUGCCGUGAUAACAAAGAUUGCCUCAUUGACAAGCGCCAGCGCAACCGCUGUCAGUACUGUCGCUACCAGAAGUGCCUGGUCAUGGGCAUGAAGAGGGAAGCCGUGCAAGAAGAGAGGCAGAGGAGUCGUGAGCGAGCCGAGGGUGAGGCGGAAUGUGCCAGUAGUGGCCACGAAGACAUGCCCGUGGAGAGAAUUCUAGAAGCCGAACUCGCUGUGGAACCAAAGACGGAAUCCUACGGUGACAUGACCAUGGAGAACUCGGUAUACACUCUUCACUGUUCAUCCAGCUUCCGUUUCUUGGGUGGGGUUGGAGGUAACGGAGAGUUGUUUCGAGUCCCCGGACCUCAGAGAAAUUUGUUCUUUUCUCAGACAAAUGACCCGGUCACCAACAUAUGCCAUGCUGCGGACAAGCAGCUCUUCACCCUUGUUGAGUGGGCCAAACGCAUCCCCCACUUCUCGGACCUCACCUUGGAGGACCAGGUCAUUCUGCUCCGGGCAGGGUGGAAUGAAUUGCUGAUUGCCUCCUUCUCGCACCGCUCAGUUUCUGUCCAGGAUGGCAUCCUGCUGGCCACAGGCCUCCAUGUCCACAGGAGCAGCGCUCACAGUGCUGGCGUCGGCUCCAUCUUUGACAGAGUCCUCACGGAGCUGGUUUCCAAGAUGAAAGACAUGCAGAUGGAUAAGUCGGAGCUGGGGUGCCUGCGAGCCAUUGUGCUCUUUAACCCAGAUGCCAAGGGUCUGUCCAACCCCUCCGAGGUGGAGACUCUUCGGGAGAAGGUGUAUGCCACACUCGAGGCCUAUACAAAGCAGAAGUAUCCAGAACAGCCAGGCAGGUUUGCCAAACUGCUGCUGCGCCUCCCAGCCCUGCGCUCCAUCGGCUUGAAAUGCCUGGAGCACCUCUUCUUCUUCAAGCUCAUUGGGGACACCCCUAUUGACACCUUCCUCAUGGAGAUGCUGGAGACCCCUUUGCAGAUCACCUGAACCUCCUCAGCUGCAGCUUCCCCGCCCAGGGUGUGUGUAGAGCCCUACCCUGCACACUUGUCCCCCCACCUCCCACUCUGAGGUCCCUUCCUGUCCCCAAAAUGUGAUGCUUGUAAUAAAGCUAACCUUUCUACACAUGAGACUUUUCUAGGUGGAGUUUUGUAUGGAUGCUAAAGGUGACCCUUCUUUGCUGUCUAAGGGGCUGAAGUCUUUCUGGAAGUUCUUGGGAAGAGUAGCCAAGCCUCUGUACAUAUAAUUGGUUUAAAUUAUUUUUUCACUUGCCAUGGAAAGCAAACAAAUGGAAAAGAAAAGAAUAAAUAUGAUCUUGGCACUGC